UGAGCUUCUGUUUGUUUCUCUGGAAAACUCCUCCAAAAGCGAAAGUAUUCUCUCUGUGGUUUAUUACGAUUCCAUUUAUCUCCAAGAAUAACUACUUUCUUUAAAGCUUAUCGUAGCGCUUUCUUGUAUCGUCAGUUACCUCUAGCCUAUUGCUCUGUUUCUCUUUAUAGAAAAAAAUUUCCAGUUUAGGAAUAAUCAAUAAACUUCUUUUUUUUUUUUUAGAUCCGGAAAAGCAAUUUCCUCGUUUUACUCUGUAAUUUGCUUUUGGAAAUAGAAAUUGUUUGAAAAUUUUCACUCUCAAUAAUUAGCUAUCCAAUUGGCCUAUAGGAAAAACUGAAAGUUUCCCCGUAAAACAGAGUAAACCAAGUACUUCACUAACUUCAGAUUCAAAAAGCUGAAGUCAAUCACUGCAAUGCCUCUCACUCGGCGAAGAAACCCCGCCGAAACCGACAAGAAUUCGGGUCCCGAUUCCGAUAACCGAAACGAAAAAUCCGAAGAAGAAGGAGAAGCGGAAAACGAUAACAGGAAGCACAAGAACAAGAAGAAGAAGAGUGCCGUAGCGAAGGCCAAGCAGGUCGAGGCGAAGAGGAACAAGUGGUCGUGCGUGGACAGCUGCUGUUGGUUGAUCGGCUGCAUUUGCACGAUUUGGUGGGUGUUGCUAUUUCUGUACAAGGUCAUGCCGUCCUCGUUCCCGCAGUACGUGACGGAGGCGAUAACGGGGCCGCUGCCGGACCCGCCGGGCGUGAAGCUGAGGAAAGAGGGGCUGCGGGUUAAGCAUCCGGUGGUGUUCGUUCCUGGGAUCGUCACCGGCGGGCUCGAGUUGUGGGAGGGGCACCAGUGCGCCGACGGACUUUUCCGGAAGCGCCUCUGGGGCGGUACGUUCGGCGAAGUGUAUAAAAGACCUUUAUGCUGGGUAGAGCAUAUGUGUCUGGAUAAUGAAACUGGAAUGGAUCCUCCUGGUAUAAGGGUCCGAGCAGUAGCUGGACUUGUGGCUGCUGAUUAUUUUGCUCCAGGCUAUUUUGUAUGGGCAGUUCUAAUUGCUAACUUGGCUAGCAUCGGUUAUGAGGAGAAAAACAUGUAUAUGGCUUCAUAUGAUUGGAGAAUCUCAUUUCAGAAUACUGAGGUACGGGAUCAAACAUUAAGCCAGAUAAAAAGUAAGAUAGAGCUGAUGGUUGCUACAAGUGGUGGCAAAAAGGCAGUUAUAGUUCCUCAUUCAAUGGGUGUAUUGUAUUUUCUGCAUUUUAUGAAGUGGGUUGAGGCACCAGCUCCAAUGGGCGGAGGGGGAGGACCAGAUUGGUGUUCUAAGCAUAUAAAGGCGGUGAUGAAUAUCGGUGGACCAUUUUUGGGUGUUCCAAAAGCUGUUGCAGGACUUUUCUCUGCUGAAGCCAAGGAUGUUGCAGUUGCCAGGGCUAUUGCACCAGGUUUCUUGGAUAAUGAUCUAUUUCGGCUCCAAACGUUGCAAUAUGUGAUGAAGAUGAGCCGCACGUGGGAUUCAACCAUGUCAAUGAUACCCAAAGGUGGGGACACCAUAUGGGGUGAUCUUGAUUGGUCACCAGAGGAAGGUUGUGUUCCUAGCAUGAGAAGGCGAAGACAAAAUGUGACAGAAAAUCUGGCUUCACAAUCAAGAAAUGUUAAAUAUGGGAGGAUUAUAUCAUUUGGUAAAGAAGUGGCAGAAGCAGAGUCGUCUGAUAUUGAGAGGACUGACUUUCGGGGUGCCAUUAAGGGUCGUAAUGUUGCAAAUUCUACCUGUCGUGAUGUGUGGACUGAAUACCAUGACAUGGGAAUUGAGGGUGUCAGAGCUGUUGCAGAACAUAAAGUUUACACUGCUAGUUCAGUUUUAGAUCUGUUUAAUUUUGUUGCUCCAAAAAUGAUGGCACGUGGCAGUGCUCAUUUUUCUUAUGGAAUUGCUGACAAUUUGGAUGACCCAAAAUACAACCAUUAUAAAUACUGGUCAAAUCCCUUGGAGACAAGACUGCCAAAUGCUCCUGACAUGGAAAUCUUUUCAAUGUAUGGAGUUGGAAUACCAACAGAAAGAGGCUAUGUGUACAAGCAAUCUACUUCUGCUGAAUGCUACAUUCCAUUUCAGAUUGAUCCUACAGCCGACAGUGAAGAUGAAGAUGGCUGUCUGAAGGAUGGAGUCUACACUGUCGAGGGGGAUGAGACUGUGCCUGUUUUAAGUGCAGGCUUCAUGUGUGCAAAAGGAUGGCGUGGGAAAACAAGAUUUAAUCCUUCAGGAAUCCGAACAUACAACAGGGAAUAUGAUCAUUCUCCUCCAGCCAGUCUGCUAGAGGGCCGUGGCACCCAAAGUGGUGCUCAUGUUGAUAUAAUGGGGAAUUUUGCUUUAAUCGAAGAUAUUCUUAGGGUGGCAGCUGGGGCUACAGGGGAAGACUUGGGAGGUGAUCAGGUUUACACAGACAUCUUCAAAUGGUCUGAGAAGAUAAAUGUACAGUUGUGAUAUCAUCUCAUGUGUACUAUUAUUAUUAUCUGUUUUUUGAUGAUUAUUUGAGAAGGCAAAAAAAGGUUACUCAAAAGCAUUCAGAC